AGAUGAGCUCGUAGGAAAAUGGCGGUCGAAGGGAUUGUACAUACAGAGUAAUGGACUGUCGAGCGGGGUCUUCGGUUUGGCGAGAAAGGAUCCAGAAUAGAUUCGACGCUCUGCAUCCAGACCUGAAGGAAUCUAAACGCUCGCUCGAGCAUCCUUCGAAUCUUUUGCGGAACAGACGGUUGUCCGCGGAGGAUAUCUCGGAAAUGACGUCCAGUACGAGGACCGACGUUUCCUCCCGCACAAUGUCUUCCUCCGUGACCGUACAGGAUGACGUGCCAACUCGCGACAAUUCCGCUCAUUGUGGAUUCUCUAAUCCUCUCUUUGGAUUUGGGAACGAAAUAGAGUCGCGCGCAGAGAGAGACGAGGCGGCACGAGGCGCGUCCUCCGGGAAGGAGCGGGAUACUUUUGUUCCUGGAUGGAAUCGCAACCAUGUCCUUCUCUGGAAGGGAAUACGCACAGAUGAGAGCUUACAAUGUCCCCACAUAAAACGACAGCUGCGUCCACCCGUGUCUACGUGCCUUCGCACCUGUGGACGUUGCUGCGGCGACGAGCGCGGCAUCACAAUGGCAGCGAUCGAGAUAUUUUCAAGUUCCGUCACUUACAAGUACAAAAGUAGAUUACACUCCUGCGCCUCGAUCGUUGUCUUCCUGUUCAUCGUGUUAUCCUUGAUCACGCCGCUUUUUAUAAUUUACAAAGCGGGAGGUAUCUGGCUACAAAAUCGGAUGCACGCGGAAAUGCCUGAUGUGCAUUUCAUAUACAAGUACCUGUUACUCGCGGAAGUCGACUCCUUCGAGGAGCCCAUUGUAUGUUCCACUUUUACGACGUACAAGGAAAACGAUAUCACAGAUCGCUGCGCACUAAUCAAGGUACGGGAGACCGAUCUAAACAACGAUGGGCAAAAGGACACGCUAAGAUUUGAAGCUCACUUUUAUACGGACAAGCCAGUGAAAUCUCUACGACUCUUGCUGUUCUUCAAUUUCCAACUAAAGCAUCUCAUCCAAGCGACGAUAGAAUCUAUCGGCGUGUUUCAUCAGAUGCUAAGCCACGAGGCUCAAGAGAUACGAUUCUUCGGCGAUCUGGAGCUACGGCAGAAGGGACUGUUGCGCAGCGGGGGCCUCUACGAGACGUACAACCACAGCAUAGAGCUGUCCGAUUAUUCUCUAUCCGAGCUGCUGUUGCACAAUUACAACCGGAAGUUUUCUGCCAGGAUCACGAGCGAGCGGGUGACGUGGAGAACGGGCUUCUCCAGCGACGAGCCGAUGGUCGUCAUCGGCGAAUUGUUCUACACGGAGAAUUUUAUUUACUAUCAGCCGAGCAUGUGGGAGGAAUUAAAAUGGGCGUGGAUUCAGUAUCUGUCGUGCCUGCUCGUAUUCGCAUACGUGGCCAAACAUAUCCUAGUGUUUCUGCUCGCCAAUAGAUACUUGAACACGUAUAUUGUAAGACCGUGGGCGAAUACAUAAAGAGAAAUGGCGAGUAAAUCCAUCCGGUAAAUGAAUUCCACGUUUCGCGCGCGCAAAACGCUCAUAGAUUUUCCCUUUCUUUCUUGCGCUACGUAGAUCGUCCCGUUCCUACCGCCAGUGAAUUGUAAUAACGUGUUCUUGGACGAAUUUGCAGGUGUUCUUUCGAUAAGACCUCGAAGUACAGUUAUCGUUUGUUGACAACAAAUUGGAUCUCUGAAGCUUUUAGCGCAAGCAACGGUUGUGAUGUAAUAACGAUCAGAGGAGAUUUACAAUUGCUCCUAAAUUCUGAUAAACUUUAUCAGUAAAACCGACCCUGGUCUUUA